AUGUGUCAUCCAAAAUUUCACAAGACCGAUAAGGGUUUUGAAUGUAAGGAAUGUGGGAAAGUAUUUAGUCAGCUUUCAGACCUCUCUAGACGUGAAAGAAUUCACAGUGAAGAGAGUCCCUAUGAAUGUAAGGAAUAUGGGAAAGCAUUUAGUCAGCUUGCAGACGUCUCUAGACAUGAAAGAAUUUCCAGUGGAGAGAGGCCAUACGAGUGUAGAGAAUGUGGGAAAGCAUUUCGUAAGCUCGCCAACCUCUCCAUACAUAGAAGAAUUCACAGUGGAGAGAGGCCCUAUGAAUGUAAGGAAUGUGGAAAAGCAUUUAUUCAACCCUCAUGCCUCUCCACACAUACAAGAAUUCACUCGGGAGAGAGGCCCUAUGAAUGUAAGGAAUGUGGGAAAGCAUUUAAACAGCCUUCACACCUCUCCAGACAUAAAAGAAUUCACACGGGAGAGAGGCACUAUGAAUGUAAGGAAUGUGGGAAAGCGUUUAAAUGUACCUCACAACUAUACAGACAUAAAAGAAUUCACACGGGAGAGAGGCCUUAUGAAUGUAAGGAAUGUGGGAAAGCAUUUUAUGAGCUUUCACACCUCACCAUACAUCAAAAAAUUCACACUGGAGAGAGGACCUAUGAAUGUAAGGAAUGUGAGAAAGCUUUUAGUCAGCUCUCAACCCUCAUUAUACAUAAAAGAAGUCACAGUGGAGAGAAGCCAUAUGAAUGUAAGGAAUGUGGGAAAGCAUUUAAGCAGUCAACAACCCUGCUUAUACAUAAAAGAAUUCACACUGGAGAGAAGCCAUAUGAAUGUAAAGAAUGUGGGAAAGCAUUAGGUAACCUUUCAAACCUCUGUAAACAUGAAAGAAAUCACAGUGGAGAGAGGCCCUAUGAAUGUAAGGAAUGUGGGAAAGCAUCUCGUUGCCUUUCAAACCUCUCCACACAUAAAAGAAUGCACAGUGGAGAGAAGCCAUAUGAAUGUAAUGAAUGUGAGAAAGCCUUUAGUUCCCUUUCAAACCUCUCUAGACAUGAAAAAAAACACAGUGUAAAGAGGCCCUAUGAAUGUAAUGAAUGUGCGAAAGCAUUUAGUCAGCUAUCAAACCUCUCUGCGCAUAAAAGAAUUCACAAUGGAGAGAGGCCCUAUAAAUGUAAGGAAUGUGGGAAAGAAUUUAGUCUGUCCUCAGCCCUCUAUAGACAUAAAAGAAUUCACAGUGGAGAGAGGCCAUAUGAAUGUAAGGAAUGUGGGAAAGGCUUUACACAGAGAGGAACAAAGCAUUGUCAAGAGAGGUCCUACACCUGCAUUGGAACCACUGCCCCCUCCCAAGGUCAAAAGGGCGCGGGCUCGGUGUUUGCCCUAGGCACCCACGCUCACGUGAACCGAGCCUCCGGAAACCGGAAGCGGAAGCUCCGGUCCCGGUCGGAGGCACUGCCGCGUACUCCCGGUCUCCGCCUCCCGGAGCCUGGGCCCUCUUGUCCCCGAGGCGCCUCCGCCGCCGCCGCGGCCUCCGCCGCCGCUUCCCGCGCGAUCCCAGGCCGGGUUCGCAGCCGCUUCCUGGACGCCGAGCGUCUGGUCGGUCGGGACCUGCGUCUCUCGGGGCGGGAACAGGGCCGAGUUCCCGACCACAAUUUCCUCCCGGAAACGGCUCCUUUUUGUUUUCUGGGCCCUUCAGGAGGGACUGUGUUGAGCGCUGCCGGUCGUUCCCAAAUGGAGGUUCAG